AUGAGCAACAGGUGGAUCCUCCAAGCUGCAUUCCUGCUGGGGUUUCUCUCCAUAACCCUGUCCAUCAACUACAAGGAGCUUGAGCGCACACAACGCAGCAGCAACUCAGCAUGCCUGAAGCUCCUGGACCAGCUGGAAAGACGGUCCUGCCUUGGCCACACAGAAUACUUCAAGUUCCCUAUGGAGGUGAAGCACCCAGGACAGAUGGAGAAGAAAGACGCUGCCUUCAUCAUCAAAGUGAUGUUUGAGAAUAUCUUCAUUGUCUUCAAAAACGAUUCCUCCAGCACUGGGUGGAAUGAGAGCAUCGUUAGAGAGUUCUUGGGUAAACUCCAUACUCAGAUAGACAAACUGAGGAAAAUCCUAAAGGAAGUGCCAGAGAACGAAAGACGGACAUCAAGCAACUACCCAACCAUUCGACAUUUGAAGAGCUAUUACGGAAGGGUGCGAAGGUUCCUCGAAGUCAAGGAGUUCAGCAGCUGCGCCUGGAUGGUGGUCCAAGCAGAAAUCCUUAAGAACUUUUCCAUCCUUAUAAGACUUACUAAUAUAUUCCAGAACUGA